AUGUAUACCACCAACACUUUAUUGGAUGAAAAGCUGUUCCUGUUGCUGCAGAAAUAUCUGAUUUAUCAUCAACCAUUCACAAAUACUUAUCAAUCAAAUCGAUAUAUUUAUAUCAUUGAUAAAUAUUUUUGUAAAUUCAUUCAUAAUCCAAUUAUAUCAUCAAUAAUAUUAAUAUUAUCAUAUACUUAUUAUUAUUAUUAUUACUACUACAACAACGAUAAUUAUGAUUAUGAUGAUUAUUACUUACCACAAUAUCUAUUUGUUAAUGAUUUAGUAUCAAAUAUUAUAAAUUUAAUAUGUAUAUUAAGAUUUCAAUAUCGAUUUAAAUUUAAUCAUUUAAUUGGUGAAUUGAUAUUUUUCAUUGGUCAAUCAAUUUUAAGUUAUCAAUUAAUUAUUAAUCAAUUAUUAAUUCAUUUCAAUGAAUCGACGGCAACAACAACAACAACAACAACAACUGGAACUGGAACUGGAACUAGCACAAUUAAUUGUACAUUAAUUAUUCAAUGGACAAUUAUUUUACAAAUGAUAUUACCCAUAAUUAUUCUUGUUUUCACCUAUGUUGACAACUAUAGAAAUAGAAAUAGAAACAAUGACAGUAAUGAUAAUUAUACUAGUGGAGGAUUAUAUUCAGUUAUAUUUGAAGGUAAUAAUCAUUAUAUCCCCGUGUUUUUAAGUUAUUCAUUUUUCCUAAUCAAUAUUAAUUUAAUUAAUGCCAACACCACCAACACCACCACCACCACCACCACAACUUCUUCUUCUUUUUCUUCUACAGGUAGUAUUAAUACUAUACUGAAUUGGUUUCUAGAAUUAACUUUUCAACAAUUGAUUAAAUUUAUAUAUCAAUUGAGUUGUUUUUCAUUUAAAUUUUAUUUAAUGUAUCAAUUCAUAUUAUAUGAAUUAUCAAUUAAUCAAAUUGGAUUUAAAAAAUUUAUUAAUUAUCAAGAAUUUUAUCCAAAGCUAAAAGAAGAAGACGAAGAAGAAGAAGAAGAAGAUAAAAAUGCUAUUACUACUACUACUACUAGGAGAUUAAAUAUUAUUAAUUUUUUGAAAUCAGAUCAAUUUAAAAAUAUGUUGAUGAUUUUGGUAUGUUUAAUCAUUAUUAUAAUUGAUAUCAUACAAAUAAAAUGA